UUAUCGCCUUAAAAAAAAAUCUCCAAACCCUCACGAAGCUUUUUCUUGAUUCCUCCUCGCGCCGUCGCUUGCGUUAGGGUUUUUUUUUCAUCUCUUCCUUCUCGUCGCCUCCAAGUUACCUCUCACACCUCCGAUCGAUUUCUUGCCUUCACUUUGUGCACAUCCCGGUCCGUCGGCGUCCCUUCUCGUUCCAACUACGAUAUGGUUGAAAUCGGAAAGCGCCAGCAGAGAGAUAAUGACUAUGAAGGAAAACAACAGAAGAAAAGACUGGGUUAUAAGGAUAAUACUAGUGAUAGUGAGCUGGUUGUAUAUCGUAUUCUUUGUCCAGUUGGUGUUAUUGGUGGAGUGAUUGGCAAGAGUGGUAAAGUCAUAAACAACAUAAGGAAGGAGACACAUGCUAAAAUCCAAAUUGUUGAUCCUUUUCCUGGUGCGGAUAAGAGGGUUAUUACUAUUUAUUGCUAUGUUAGGGAGAAGAAUCAUAUUGAUAUUGAUGAAGAUGUUCUCGAACCUCUCUGUCCUGCUCAGGAUGCAUUACUGAAGGUCCAUGAGGCUAUAGUAAAUGUUCUCGAUAACUCUAAUGACACUGAAAGGUCACACAAACAUGAGUGUCAUAUGCUUGUGCCAGCAAGUCAAUCUGCAAAUAUCAUUGGUAAGUCUGGGACUACCAUCAAGAAGCUGAGAUCCAAGACUGGAGCAAACAUCCAAAUCAUGUCAAAGGAUCCCGCUAAUGCUGCACAUUCCUGUGCAAUGAGUUAUGAUAACUUUCUUCAGAUUACUGGUGAUGCUGAAGCAGUUGAAACAGCAUUAACUGCUAUUUCUGCUAUCAUGUACAAAUUCUCACCCAAAGAAGAAAUUUCUCUCGAUACCUCAAUUCCUGAUCUACCACCCAUUAUAAUUCCUUCAGAUGUUCCUAUAAUUCCAGCUGGCAGCCUCUAUUCCCAUACAGACUCUCUUUUGUCUCCUGGAUCAGUGCCACCGGUCAUACCUGCAUCUCGCUUCUCAUCUGAAAUUUCUGGUUUUACUGAUACAACGAAUGUAUGGCCAUUCUUACCAUCAACUGUUCCUAUUGUUCCUGGAUAUGGUGCUCCAACUCAUUCAGAGGACCUGGUCCUCCAAGUUCUAUGCCCAUCGGAUAAGAUUGGACGUGUAAUCGGCAAGGGAGGGAGCACCAUAAAGAGCAUAAGGCAAUCCAGUGGUGCAACUAUAAGUGUUGAUGACAAGAAGGAUGAUACUGAUGAGUGUAUUAUCACAGUCACCUCUACUGAGUCGACCAAUGAUGUGAAAUCUUCUGCAAUCGAAGCUGUUUUGCUGCUUCAAGAAAAGAUUAAUGAUCAAGAUGACAACAAUGCUAAUAUCCGUCUUCUUGUUCCUUCAAAAGCCAUAGGAUGCUUGAUAGGAAAGAGUGGUUCCAUUAUAAAUGACAUGCGAAAGUCGACUAAGGCAAUUAUUUACAUAUCCAAGGGGAAAAAACCCAAAAAUGCUUCUUCUGACUCUGAGCUUGUGGAGGUGUCUGGGGAGGUAGGGAGGUUGCGUGAUGCACUUCGGCAAGUUGUAUUUAGGCUCAGAGAAGAUUCUUUGAAAGAUAAGGAGAGUAAUCAGAAUGUUCACAAGGAUACCAAUCAGAACGUUCCUCUUCAUUCUAGCAGUUUGUCAGUAUCGCAAGUGUUACCUGAAAAUCCACCUCGUGCACCGCUGAACUAUGACCAUAGAGUAGAAGCUGAGAGGGGACUGGGAGGAUUCUCUGGCAGUAGUUUAUAUGGUUACAACACAAUGCCGGCUAGAGAUAGUUAUGGAUCACUGUCUUCGUAUUCAUCGAAGUCUUAUGGAGGAGGAUUACCUGCAUAUUUUGAUAUAGUGAUUCCUCCAGGAGCCUUGUCAAAAGUAAUGGGAAAAGGAGGCACAAACCUUGAUAAUAUCAGAAAGAUAUCAGGGGCUCAUGUGGAAGUUGUGGACUCAAAAACAUCUCCCUUUGAACGAGUUGCACGUAUUUCUGGUACCGCCGAGCAGAAGCGUACAGCAGAGAACCUAAUUCAGGCUUUCAUCAUGUCUACUUAAGAUUAUAGUCGAGCACCAGAGUAGGUGAAUUAAGUUGUUUUAUGGCUCACUUGAACUUUUCCAUAGUCCUCUUAGGUUGGGGAACAACGGGCGACUACUCUCACUGUGUGGUGUACCAAAUUGAUUAGUGACCAUCUGGACCAUCAGUACUCUUUCAAUACUCUUAUCAUAGAAUUUCUCUGCUCAACUUCCUCGUUUUGAUGUAUCUUGUGAAUUUUAACUGCAUCGUUGACAUGCUCCUGUCUGAAAAGUCUUUGCUGACUGUUCUUAAUACUUUUUAAUCUGAUAAACUCGUGCUUCUCCUU